UUUUUCAUUUUUCACUUUUUUUACAAUUUAGCAACAACCAUAACCUUCCAUGGCUUCAACCAACACCACCAAACCUUCCUUCUUCAUCACAUCAUUACAGAUCCUCAAAACCCACAAAUCUCCAGACCCCCCUCCCUCCCUCUCAUGUUCAUUAAUCCCCCAACCCAACAAUCAUCAACAACAUGAAGCAAUUACACCAAAGAAGAGAUGAAGAAACACCCACACCCACCACUGAAACCCCACCAUACUCCCCCAAAUCCCUCAAACACUCAUCCUCCAAUUCCCACAGACACCUCCCAAGAUCCAUCAAUUACAUUCUCAAAGAACAACGUCUUCUCUUCAUCCUAAUCGGAAUCUUGAUCGGAUCCACCUUCGUCCUCUUGAAACCAUCAAUCUCCCCAAUUUCCACAAUCACCACACUCACCACAACCGAUGAAAUCACAUCACUUUACAACACCCCAAUAACAAUCCCCGGUCGAGAAUCAGUAACCCGGCAGGCGGUGGGGCGGGUACCGGUGAGUAUAGGGCGGAAGCGGCGGCGGGUGGUGGUGACAGGUGGAUCUGGGUUUGUGGGUAGUCAUUUGGUGGAUAAGUUGAUUGCUAGAGGGGAUGAUGUGAUUGUGAUUGACAAUUUCUUUACUGGGAGAAAAGAGAAUGUUAUGCAUCAUUUUGGGAACCCUAGAUUUGAGCUAAUUAGGCAUGAUGUGGUUGAGCCUAUUUUGUUGGAGGUUGAUCAGAUCUAUCAUUUGGCUUGUCCUGCUUCCCCUGUUCAUUAUAAGUACAAUCCUGUCAAGACUAUUAAGACGAAUGUGAUGGGCACUUUAAACAUGUUGGGACUUGCCAAGAGAAUCGGGGCAAGAUUUUUGCUUACAAGCACAAGUGAGGUGUAUGGGGACCCACUUGAGCAUCCUCAAAAGGAGACUUAUUGGGGGCAUGUGAAUCCAAUAGGUGUUAGAAGCUGCUAUGAUGAAGGGAAAAGGACAGCUGAAACCUUGACAAUGGAUUAUCAUCGAGGGGAUGGUGUUGAGGUUCGGAUUGCGCGUAUUUUUAACACAUAUGGUCCUAGGAUGUGUCUGGAUGAUGGGCGUGUUGUUAGCAACUUUGUUUCACAGGCCAUUCGCAAACAACCAAUGACCGUUUAUGGUGACGGAAAACAAACACGAAGUUUUCAAUAUGUCUCUGACUUGGUUGACGGACUCAUGGCCCUAAUGGAAGGUGAGCAUAUCGGACCAUUCAAUUUGGGCAAUCCAGGAGAGUUCACCAUGUUAGAACUUGCUCAGGUGGUGAAAGAAACUAUUGAUCCGAGUGCUACAAUAGAAUUCAGAGAGAACACUGCUGAUGAUCCUCAAAAGAGAAAACCAGAUAUCAGCAAGGCAAAGAAUUUGCUGAAUUGGGAGCCUAAAAUAACGCUUCGUGAGGGUCUGCCACUAAUGGCGGCUGAUUUCAGAAACCGAAUCUUGAAUGAAGAUGAAGGCAAAGGCGCAAAGUGAGAUGAGAUAUUCUUGAUUCGAUACAUGUAUGUAUAGACUCAGCAUCCUAUAUCUAUAUGUUUGUUUCUUUUUCAAUAGAUUUUUUGUUGAAUCGGACUCUUAGAAAAGAUUGGUUUGUUUGUGUAAUAGAUUUUGAUGUAUCAUCAUCAAGAAAGGAUUUUUUUAUUAAUUUUUUUUCUGGUUUUUGUAUCAACUGAUAUUAUUGUUAAGAAAGGAUCUUGAUUUGAGAUA